CAACAGCAGUGCAGCCGACCGCCCUUCAACAGUCGUCCUCUCUUCUAGUAAUAUACCUACUCACGGACUCAGUCAACAUGUCCACCGAUCAUAUGAUCAAGACCCCCGACACUGCCGCUGGCGCUACCUUUACACCUGAGGUCACUCAAGCCGACAACAUUCGCAGCGCGAUGUCUGUCGACAACCUCCUCGCGGGCCCGACUGAUUCUCCUGACAUGACCUCGGCGCUCAUACUUGCACCACCUUCCACUCCUAAGUUGACCAAGGAAGAGCCUUCAUCGCUCACUGUCAAGACUCCUGACACCGUCAUGACUGACCUCGCCGAGCACGACGCCUCUAGUAAUGAGUCUCUUGACGACGGUGAAGACGUACCCGAAUCCCAGCGCGAGUUCCUCUGCAUGAACGACGAGCACACUCGCUGCAUGACUGGCCAGUACACCAAGGACCUGUCGCGCAAGGUCAUCUCCGACCACUUUGGCCGCAACAAGGCGUGUACCCGCGACGUCACCGACUGGCCCCUCUUCUGCCGCAAGCACUACCAGCGUGCGACCUACAAUAAGACCAAGUGGCAGAUCCGCAAAGUCCAGCUCAUCAUCCGCCAGUUCGAGGUCAUCGAGAAGCAGUUCCCGGGCACUACCUACGACAUCGCCUUCAAGAAGUCCGAGGAAGCGCGUCUCAACCACUACUCUCGUCAAGUCGCCGCCGGAACUAACAACGACAAAGCCGAAAAGAGCGUCCACCCCAAGAUCGGCAAGCACUUCGAGGCGCCCAUCGACGUCCUUCGCGAGUUAGACCAGUGGCUCGGCUUCAACAAGACCUACGCAGAAGUCAAGAAGAUCGUCGACGUCAUCCUCCAGAUGCUCGAGGAGAAGGAGACUGAACAAGUCCCCUCCAUCGAGUUCCUCCCUAAGCUCCCAGGCAAGACCCCGUCGCCCAAGAAGACUCCAGCCAAGGCCCGUACACCCAAGUCGCCCCAGUCACCCAAGUCACCUGCAAAGUCACCCAAGACCCCUACCCGCGUCUCCAACAAGGGUUCCGUCAAGAAGACUUCAGCAAAGGCUUAGUUCUACCAUGGCGUCGCUGCGCCCAGCAUCGCGACUACCGUCGCAUCACGUCACUCCUUCAUCCCAUUGCCAUUGCGUUCACGGUUCCCAGCGGCUGAGCUACCGACACUCUAAUCUCCUUUGAGUGUCCUGGCAACAUGCACGCGCUACUAUCAUCUUCACUAUGUUCACAGCAUUUGCAACUUCAUUCUUUGAUGCACAUGUUUAGCACCAUCACGACUGUCUCUCGCUGUCGCUUCACGUACCAGCGUUCCAACGCAAGACACAAGACUGUUCGUAUGGCCGCUGGCCUCACAUGUACUCAAUCACUGCAUGGGGAUUUUCUUUUACUUCUAUACCCCUCAUCUUACGAUGACGACUUGUCUUGUCUUGUCUCUUGCAUUAUAGGUAGAUUUGGGGGGCGUUUAGGCGUAUCUGGGGGUAUGGGUAUGGGUUCAGG